ACCAAUUGUCACUUCACUUACUUCCAUGCAUUCGACUGCCAUGGUCUCAUUUCUAGCCUCUUCAUGUUCUCGAGAAGAAGAAGACAGUACAUUCAUUGACAGAGAUUCUACUGCAUUCACACGUCCAUGGUCUUUCUUUUCUUCCUUCAGGUUUGGCCGUGAAGUAAGUAGUCGCUGGUGAGUGCCAGUGUUCAGGCGAGGCGUUGCCUAUGUGCAUCGCCUGUCAUCUUCUGGCAAGAUUGCAACUCAAAACUCAUUUACCUUCUUCGCUCACAAUCGUCCGUUUGAUCCUUCUUUAGACAGCGCGACAUAACUCUGUCAGGAGCUACGACCGCAUAAUUGAUAUAUGCGAACUUGUUAAAGGCGUUAGUGGGCUUCCAUUAAGUGCUUUGAGCCAAAUGGAGCAUUCAUUCUGGGGUUUAGAGGCUAUGACCGCCCCACCCUUCUUCAUGGUGUCGGCAUUCAUCGAGAAGGAACCAUAUACGGAUGGCCGUCGCCCUGUUAUUUCUGUCAUGGGACUUAAGAAGUUAUUGUACGCGAAGCGCGAGAAUUCUCACAUCUGCUGUUAUGUCAUUCUCAUACAGAGAAGCAUGACUAGCCUGUGAAUGGAUACGAGUUUCGUAGUGCCGUUAAUGAUGGUCACUUGACGGUACACCCAUGUGGUCUCGUUUUUCGCUUCUCCACAUUUCAUCAGCACUGCAACAUUGCACCCGGGGCUGCAUCUCUUUGGUUUUCAGUUUAUUAGAACAUGGCCCAUGUCUUGGCUCACUCUGCUCUCCUCGCGACGCCCGAGUUCUAUGAGACCGUUCAAUGGAUAAUCGGUCGUCGACUUCCCUAUCUUCCCAGGCUGGCUUAGCCGCACAUGCGACGCAACCGGCGGGAUCGCGUUUCUCUGAAGGGGACACCAUCGUCGGAGCGACCGCUGCUGGCGUUCCCGUAGUUCGUUCUUCAGAAACGUCGGCACAACAGCCAACUUCGGCGCAAAACCGAGACGCGUCUGCACCCGUCCAACAGCAGCCCAAAGUUCCAUUCUACAAACGAAGAUGGUUCAUCAUCACUCAAAUCAUCUGUAUUCCUCUUGGAAUCACGUUGCUUUUCGUCAUCCUUUUCCCGGUAGUUACGGCCAUCGCCCAACUCGUUGUCAACAGGAGUCAACUGGAUGUUGAAGUCGCGACUAUCAGCUUUCCUCAAAACAACAGUUUUUCUUUAUCUCUUCAAGGACUCGUGACCCAUACAGGGAUUAUUCCUGCUCACAUCCAGUUCACGAAUCCCGUACAAGUCGCCUGGGUUCAGGAAAAUGGCACCGAGACUCCAAUUGGAGUGAUGACGUUGGACGCACUCUCUGCCAGCCAUAAGCGCGCGACUCUCAAUUAGACUACAACGUUCAACAUUACUGAUGAAGUCGCUUUUGGCAUCUUCGCGGCCCACAUGAUUACUGAGAGUAACUUCACUUGGAGGUUGUCGAGCGACAAUCUUCAUGUGCAAGCCGCCAAGUUUCCAGUUAGCAAAGGUAUCAAAUUCAAUAAGUUUGUCACCUUGAACGGCUUCGCUAGCUUCAACGGCAAUGUGCUAUUGGAGGAUCUUCAGCUUCCGAGCGAUAACCCCGCCGGCGGAAUUAAUUUUGUAGCUGUAACUCAAUUGACGAAUCCAAGGUAAUUUCCACU